UCAGAAUCAUCUACAAACCACCACAACUACUUCUCAUGUAUCUGGUUUCCCAUCCACUGAAAGCAAAACACACUUUAAAAAAGCCAGGUCGCAAAAAAACGGCUACAAUGCAGAACAACAUCGCUUCUUCAAACAGCACCCUCAUUCAGCCUGCCGGAUUUUACAUCGUUGGCUUGCGUUCAAUGCCUUACAGUAAUGUCUAUGUCAUGUUCCUCACCGUGCUGUUUGUGAUCACAGUCAUAUGCAAUGUCUUUCUGAUCUCCAUCAUUGUCUAUGAUCAGCGUCUGCAUGUGCCAAAGUUCAUGGCUGUUGGUAAUCUGGCUGCGGUUGAUCUUAUUCUCAGCACUGCUCUGGUGCCAGGCAUGAUAAAGACUUACAUUGCUCUGGAUAAUUUUGUGCCUUUCAAUCUCUGCCUUUUGCAAAUGUACAUUUACUAUACUUGUACAUGCCUAGAGUCGUUUUCCCUGUGUAUUCUCUCUUAUGACCGGUUCAUUGCGAUCUGUUUCCCUUUAAGACACGAAUCUAUAAAUACAAACAGCAGAAUGGCUUAUAUAAUCAGUGCAGUUUGGUUCUUUUGUGUUGUUACUUUACUCUAUGCUGUUUUUUCCAUCCUUACACUAUCCUUUUGUGGCUCUAAUGAGAUGAACAGCUAUUUUUGUGAUUAUACUCCGGUUUUAGUGCUUGCUUGCAGUGACAUAACACAACAGUUGAACUAUGCCACCGCAGCAACUAUACUUUUUAUAGGGGUAGCUUCAAUUUUUAUUUUCUUUACUUAUAUAGGGAUACUGAGAGCUGUGUUUAGAAUGAAAAGCAGCCAAAGCCGUUUCAAGGCACUGGCCACAUGCACAGAGCACCUUGUAUUAGUGUGCUUAUACUUCGUUCCUAUUGUGAUUAUCUUCAAUCUCACAUUUUUUGGAAUUAUUUGGAGCCCCAAUGUAGGUUUGGUGUGUUUGUCUUUGUCAUCCCUUCUCCCGCCCUGCGUGAAUCCUGUCAUCUACUCGUUGAAAACUAAAGAGAUUCGAAGCAGGGUUUAUUCUUUGUUUACCCGGAGACUAUUUGUUCAUCCUCUAAAGAAUGGGCAUUAAGUUACAACAUAGUUGUGGCUUGAGUGUAAAGUGAUGAGAUCAUUUAUAAUGUUUUCUUCAAGGCUUUCUGUGAUCAUAUUGAUUGAUAUUAAAAUGCAUAACUUUACAUCUCCA